AUGAGGGAGCCAUUGUCAACAUAUCAGCUGUGCUUUGAUGAUAGAAAGAUGCCACUGCCUCUCAUUAAAGCAUACAUUCAUGUUCUCCUCACGGGACUUAAUUAUCUUCACAAAGAAUGCAGGAUAGUUCAUACAGGUAAGCUUAUCAUCGAUCUAAAGCUUGAAAACAUCAUGGUCUCGUACAAGGAUCCAACCAUGCUUGCUGAUUUCAUGGAUUCUCAGCUUGAAAAACUGAUGGCUUUUAAGAUUGAUUUGACAGGACGACCAGUGUAUCAGCCUUGUGAUGACUUUGGGCCACUCAAAAGCCUGAGAACAACCAGACUUGAGGAAGACGACGACUGGGGCGUCUGGCCUAUUCGGUCCACCCCCUCCAGAGGUCGGUUUCUCUACGAAGACCUGACCCCGACCGGAGACUAG